UGUGACCAGAUGACGGUGUCGUACACGCUGGAGGUAGCGAACGCCCGUUUCGCCGGAUUUACUAAACUUCUGUUCCGAUGGAAGGGCAGCAUUUACAAACUGCUCUAUAAAGAGUUCCUCGUCUUCUGCUUCCUGUACGGCCUCUUCAGUGUCAUAUACAGGUGUGUAUUAAGUGAAGUUCAGCAGGAGCUUUUUGAGAGAGCUGCACGUCACUGUAAUAAAUUCGCUAAACUCAUUCCCAUGUCAUUUGUUCUUGGUUUUUACAUCUCCACGGCGUUCCAGCGUUGGUGGGGUCAGUACACCAGUUUUCCUCUUCCUGAUAAUCUGAUGAUGGUGGUUUCGGGGAACGUGCACGGUGUUGAUGAGCGCGGUCGGAUGAUGAGGCGUACGCUCAUGAGAUACGCUAACCUGUCGUCCGUCCUCAUCCUGCGCUCCAUCAGCACACGCGUACGCAAGCGCUUCCGCACACUCGAAGAUAUCGUGGAGGCAGGAUUUAUGACUGAGGAGGAGUUAAAGACUCUGAAUCAUCUGCACUCAGACUUUAAUAAAUAUUGGAUGCCUCUGACGUGGUUCGCUAAUUUAGCAUCAAGAGCAAGAGAAGAGGGACGAGUGAAAGAUGACAUCGCUCUCAGACUGCUGAUGGACGAGCUGAAUAAUUACAGAGGGAAAUGCAGCAUGCUCUUUCACUAUGACUGGAUCAGCAUUCCGCUCGUCUACACUCAGGUGGUUACGGUAGCCGUGUACUCCUUCUUUGCGUUCUGUCUGAUCGGACGUCAGUUUGUGAGGCCGGAGAAAGCGGACGAUCUGAAAGUCCAUGUGGAUCUGUACGUCCCGGUCUUCACGCUGCUCGAGUUCUUCUUCUACGCCGGCUGGCUGAAGGUCGGGGAACUGAUCAUCAACCCGUUUGGUGAGGACGAUGAUGAUUUUGAAACGAAUCAGCUGAUAGAUCGAAACAUUCAGGUGUCGAUGCUCGCUGUGGACGACAUGCACCAGAACCUUCCUCCUCUUCAGAAGGACAAAUACUGGAUGGAUAAAGCUCUGAGUCGCGCGUUCGCUCCAGCGCGGCCCGUCUUUAUGGGCUCUACAUACGACAUGAGGGUGACUGAUGAGGACGUGGAGGAGGUGAUGGCUGAUUACCGGACGCUGCCGGUCAGCGUGUGGCCGCCGGCCGCACGGAAACAGAAGAAAAGUCGAGGAGUAAAGCAACUCUGCUGCUGUAGUAAACACGCUGAAGAGAACGCGUGUGAAAGAGAAGCCGAGAAAAUAAACAUGAUACCAAAUAAAACCUCCGCUCCAGAACAGUGCGAGGACACGACGCAGACGCAGUGUGAGGUGGCUUUAGAGCAGUCUGAUGAAGACCAGCACACAGAUCAGACCAGUUCAGAUCACUGAGACACCUCGCUUAAACAUCUGACCGUCUAUAACACAGAAGUUUAUAGAAUGAACACGCUACCACUCUCACUGCUCCGGAAAACUUCAUUCCUCCUUUAUCUCUGUACUGGAGGAACCGUGGAGGAACCGUGGAUUUUUUUAUACAGUCAAUAAUAUUUAAAUAAAGUCAUUGUGAUGUGAUUUGUUAUAAGCCAGGUGUUAAUCAUAGAUGUAGAUUAAGAGGUGUUGAUAAACUGGACUAAACCCACAUCUGGAUUUCUGUAGCUGCUGUCUUUGAUGUCUAUAAUGAUUAAAUCACAGUCGCACUGUGAGAACUGAUCUGAGACGGAAAUAUUACAGCUUUCACAUAUUAUAUGAUGAGGGUUUAAAAGAAAGCGGUAAAGAGACGGGUUUAACUUCAGUUUAAAGUGGUUUCUCAGAGGAUUGUGUGGAUUACAUCGGUGUAGAACGGAGAGCUCCGUCCGGACAAACCGUCACUCAGUACUGAUGCGUUACAGGAGGUCUAGUCAGGAUGGUUUAAAAAUGCAGAAAAUAAACAAAGUGA